GACCAUUGGCCACUCGUUGAUGUUAAAGGCCAAACUCCUCCCUACAGAAUAUAACAGUCUACAACACAUUAACUAUCAAUCACAGCCUAUCCAUUGAACUUACCGGCGCAGAGCACAGCUACAUUUGAACAAGCCUAACUAGCCAGGGAACCAUUAAUAGAUCUCAGGUCUCACCAGCAACAUACUGUAAUUGGCCGUCACACGGUUGCGUGGAGGUGUCCUCUCUGCAAGGCUGAGCAGCAUGCUUCAGGAGAUCCUGGCCUUUGUUUUAAGCACCUCGGGGUGGGUGCUGGUGUCUUCUACCUUGCCGACGGACUACUGGAAGGUGUCUUCGCUUGAUGGGACGGUCAUCACCACAGCGACCUACUGGUCCAAUCUGUGGAAGACCUGCGUCACGGAUUCAACCGGAGUCUCCAACUGCAAAGACUUUCCCUCGAUGCUGGCAUUGAAGGGUUACAUCCAGGCAUGCAGGGCGCUGAUGAUUACAGCCAUCUGUCUGGGCUUUUUUGGUUCGAUUUCUGCUCUCAUUGGAAUGAAAUGCACCAAAAUCGGAGGAAGUGACAGAACCAAAGCCAGAAUUGUCUGCAUUGCUGGUGUGGAAUUCCUACUUAGUGGCAUCUGCUCACUCUCAGCAUGCUCCCUCUACGCACACCAGAUAACAGCGGAGUUUUUCAACCCAACAUAUGUGGCACAGAAGUAUGAACUGGGAGCUGCGCUCUUUAUCGGCUGGGCAGGUUCCAUCCUCUGUAUCCUCGGAGGCACCAUACUCUGCUUCUCCAUCGCAGGUUCCUCCAGCGAAAGCCACAGUCAGGCAAAGUAUAUCUACAAAGGUGCUGCCUCACAUUCCCAUAUCUCCUCCUUCCCGAGAGGGCAGGCUCAGUCUGUCAACCAGAGGCCGCCUCCAGACUACAGCAACUCCUCCAGGAUGCAGCACUUUGAUAAGAAUGCUUAUGUGUGAGGGAUGUGAAUAUAAAACACUUUUAGUCAAAGCCACUGGUGAGUCUUAAAAGCUCUACUAAGUGUUAAAGAUACAGCGUGCCAGAUGCAACGUGGUUGGUUCUGUCUAAAAGCGACAGAAUUUGCUGUUAUUAAUUUGUGACUCACUGAGAAUAUUUAAGCGUUUCAUCCAGGUGUCCAAAUUUGAAGUUGUGUAAUGCAGUUUACUCUCUGAUAUUGGGGAAUUUCUAUUUUCUAUACAGCAGACAACGUGUGUAUUUGGCCGUUGUACAUAUAACUGUGCAUUUAAUGAUAGGAUUAGUAUUGUAAUUAAACAGCAAAAUCAUAAACACUUGGUUUCUGGAUCGUUGUAAUAUAAUUUUUGCAUCAUUUUCUAUUUUUUUUAUGUGGUAGUGUGAAAUGUUGUGUAAGACAUUUUCUUUGUUGGUUGUAUUCUUUAACACAAGUAACCUGCACAUGUUGUUAAUCUGUAAUGACAGUACUUAAAACUGUGUCCAACACAGAUGCUCUUGUUUUCCAUUGCAUAACCAUUAACUACUUUGGAAACUCAAACUUGUAUGUAAGGCUCUGUUUUUUAAGAGGAGUGUAUGAGUAGAAAUAAAACAGAUAAAACUGA